AUGGAUUUCAAACUUGCAGCAUUGAAGCUGACGAGUGGACAGAUGAAGGAUGUUUUAACUUCAAGAUCUGGCAUGACUUUUGGUGGUACACUUUUCCAGAGAGCUUGGGUUCAGGGAACUCUGGUUGCAGAAAUAAAAAAAGGGUAUUUCUAUCUAGAUGAUGGAACUGGGAUUACAGAACUUCAACUUUCCAACGAACACUUCCUCCGAAACUGGAAAAUAGGAAUGUAUGUGAUGGUUGUUGGUUUGCUCGUAAUGCGUACAGGUGAAUCUCCAUUGAUCAGGGUUCACAAAAUGGUUGAUCUUUCUGGGUCUCCUGAUAGAGAAGCAAUGUGGUACCUGGAAGUGAUUGAAGCUUACAAACUGUUUUAUGAUCUCUCAUUUGAAGAAUGA